UGGUGUGAGGUGCACUACUUUCUGUUGUUUUCUUUAUCAUCUGCGGAUACUAUCUGCGUAAAAAGCAGAUCAUCAAAAGCAAUUCUCCUGAAUUUAAACAGAAGUAGUGUUCCAUUGUUCGAAGCUAGUGUACCAGGAAGUGGCCCCACGACGAAAACAAUAUGGACGCGGAAAAGUCGAGUAGUAGCUCGUUCGAAGAUCUUUCCAACAUCAACGAGCAGGAACGGGCCGAAAUGAAUUCCUCCACAGAUCAGCAGAAACAGCAGGAAACGUCCGAAAAGAAGGAAGAGUAUAUGGAUAUUCUGGGCAAUGGAACACUACUGAAAAAGGUGAUAAAGGAAGGUCAAGGCGAGAGACCCGAGGGCAGGGACAUUGCCAUUAUCAACUACACAGGUCGACUGGAUGAUGGCACCAUCGUGGAGGAAGUUCGAGACUAUGUGGUUCAAAUCGAUGAUGUAGAGGUUGUCCAGGGACUGGACAUGGCUCUGAAGUUGAUGAAUAUUGGCGAGCAGGCUGAAGUGAUUGUGACCUCAAGGUUUGCCUAUGGGGAACAAGGAUGGAAAAAUGAAGAACAUCCGGAACGAAGCGUACCACCGAAUGCAAACAUUACCUACACGGUGGAACUGGUCUCGUCCAAAGAGGAGAUUGACCUGGAGAGCAAAUCGUACGCUGCACGGAAGGAAAUUGGAAACAAGAAACGCUUGAGGGGAAACUUUUGGAUGAAACGGCAAGAGUACAAUUUGGCAAUCCAGAGCUACCGGAGGGCACUGGAAUAUUUGGAUGAAAGCGAAGGGGGAAUAACGAAUCCAACAGAAAGCGGAAACUUGGAGCCUACGAAUGCAGAGCUUCAAGAAUUGCUGGAAGAUCGCAUGAAGGUUUACAACAAUUUGGCUCUUGCGCAAUUAAAAAUAGCAGCAUACGAUGCUGCACUGAAAUCAGUAGAUCACGUUCUACAGUGUCAGCCGAACAAUGCUAAGGCUUUGUUCAGGAAAGGAAAGAUUUUGGACGCUAAAGGCGACACCCAGGGCGCUAUAUCAUUCCUACAGAAGGCAGCCACAAUUGACGAGGACGACAAGUUGAUCCAAUCGGAACUUUCCAAGUUAAUCCUAAAAUCCAAACGGGAAGCACGCAAUGAGAAAGAUCUAUACCAGAAGAUGCUUGGACACGCGCAAAAGUUGGAACAGAAAACGAAAGCUGCUCCCACCGCUCAGAACCGUGAAACUUCCAAGCUAUCCUCUUUCUUUCAGUUCAAGCUGUGGGGCUACCUGAUGGGGUCGAUUCUUAUUGGUGUCGCCGGUGUGGCCAUCUAUCGUUACAACAAUAAGUACUUUUAGGGAACGUCAGGAACAGCAGGGGCACGGGAGUUGAAAUUCCAAAUCUGGGGACAAAGCAAUUGCAUUCUUUUGCGGCAGUGGAGGGACUUUUUUUCUAGUAGUAAUCACAUUUCAUCAUCCAUAAUCUACGGUAGAAGUGAAAUGAAAAUCAUCACAUUUACACGUAUUUUCGAAUGUAGAUUAAUGUUCACCAACAUGGGUAGAAUUUUUCAAUCAGACAAGCAAAUCAAGGCUAAACAAUCUUGCAAACAGUAAAAGACAGCUUUUAUAUAGAAAGGAAUAAGAUUACGAAGAUGCAGUCAACAAAGAAUGAAACAGAGUUAUGCAUUUUUUUUUUAUGAAAUUUGCUACCAUCGUCAAAUUAAUAUCAUCCAGUGAUGUGCGACUUAUCGCGAAUAGAAUUUUCUAAACACGUUACUGUUAGAGAGGAGGAGCAGCUCUGGAAAACUUGUGCUGUUAUUUACAUAAUUUCUUAUUAAUCGUCUUUUUAUUGAUGUUAUCGUUUCCUUGGCUCAGCGUCGUAAUACAUAUAGGUCAUUCCACAGCUGAACAGGGAAGGUGUUGUACGUACGUAACGUAAGAGUGCAUGUGUAGAUUUUUCAGUUUUUGAUAGCAUAAUAAAUCCAGCUACCUAUAUAUACUAA